UUAUAAAGAUGGUUAUCAUGGGACAUGGGCUUUCAAUUGGUAGCUAUUUGAUUGGCCGUCCCCUCUUUCACCACAAUUCAUUGAGGGAAAUCUUUCACCACAUUUUCGGGAGUGACAAAUAAAUUGUAAUCUUUGCUUUGGUUCAUUUAAUUUUAGGGUUAGAAAUAAAAAAACAAUAAAUAUUGGCUUACAUCCUUAAACACUACUUAAACACUACCUUAUUUUUAGGAGUUAUAAUGACCCACUUCUUCAUUAUCACUUUAUAUAUUGUUUUAUAAUUAAUUUUUAAUACUUCUAGUUUAAUCAGGAAAACAUAGGUCUUUUAAUAUUAACCUCUCUCACUUCUCUCUGACGUACUAAUUUCUUCUGAUCAUCUCCUCCGAUUCUUCCGAUCAUCUCUUCCAACUAUCAGGAUAAUGGAUUCCGAGUUUGAGAAUCAGUGUCUAGGACAAGAAGAAAAUGAAGAGUACGAGAAAACAGAGUCAUCGUCAGUGCAAGAGAAAAAUAAUGAUGGCGAAACCACUAAACAACUCUCACCUCCGGAGAUGCAAAGGUCGCCCUCCAGUGAAGAGGAAGCAGUCUAAGGUGGAUACAAUUGUAAAAAAUCUGAGGAAGAAGCCCAAAACCGGUGGGAAAAAAAAUUGCAAAAAAACAAAUUUAAUAGAUCUGAAUGUACCAAGUGAAGAGCUCAUGUCAUACUUGCCAAAUGGUGGUAUAAUGCAGGACGAUAACGAUGCUGAAGUCAGGGAACUUGUUCCUGAUGAGACUUUUAAAUCUGCAAUAGAAGAGACGUCUGCCCAGGAUUUAUAAAAGUUUUAAUAGAUUGUUUCAUAGUUAAAUUGGAAGAAGACUAUAGCUUACUAUUUGUAUCAGCAAUACAUUUGCAUUUCUUUGUAAUAGGUGCUGAUUUCUUAGAGUUUUUAUUUAUAUUUUUGUAGUUCUUUGAUUGCAAACAUAAUGCAGAAUAAAUUUUAUUUUAGUUGUGAUU